AUUGUCAUACGGGUCCCGGAUGAUUCAUUCCAACGAGCCACUGCCCUACGCUAUCGAAUAUGCAAAGUCUGGCCGGUCGAAUUGUAAAACAUGCAAAAAGAAUAUCGCGUUGGAUCAAUUGAGAAUGUCAAUGAAUCGCCCGUCAACAUUCUUCGAUGGAAACAUGGAUUCGUGGUUUCACUACAAUUGCUUCUGGAUAAAAAUGAUUCGCGGCCGAGAUGACAUCAAUAUAAGCUCAAUCCGAGGAGUCGAUUGGCUUCGCUGGGAAGAUCAGGAAAAGCUUCGCCAGGAAAUUCAACACUUUAAAACCGCAUCGCCACCGACUCUGACACCCCUGUGCUCUACCACUACCGUCAUUUUGUCCACAAUAAAAACCGAAAAAUCGUUGUCAAAUCGUGGGAAAUGUGGAAAAUGCGGCCAAAAUUUCGAGCGCGGCGAAAUCAAGGCUCAUAACAAGGGAAAAGCCAACCAUUUCAAGUGUUUUCUGCAGGAAUUUGAUAAAAUUUCCGGCACCGUUGAGGAUAUUCCUGGCUGGGCGGAUUAUGAGGAGAACUUUAAAAUUAAGGCGGUUGGGGAGUAUGUGGAGGCUUUAGCUGCGAAAAGGCGAUCCACGGAGCCAGCUACCCCGGCUUCUGCCUCUCCAACACCACCAGAAGCUGAAACUCCAGUUUUAUCUGCAGAAGGAUCCCCGGAAAGCUCCAAUAAACGUCCGGCAAGCUCUGAAAUCAUUGAAAUCGACGGUGAAGGGAAUCCAGAUGAGAAUGAUUUUGCGAAGAAAAGACGAAUGAAGAAGGAAGCAAGAUUGAUGGAGGUUCAGAAGAAGCGAAUGAAGAAACAAUCCGAUCUUCUCUGGGAAUACCGCCAGAUCUUCGAAAGAAUGCCGUACACCGACAAAAUCUCUAUAUUACGAGAAAACGAGCAAGACAUUCCAGAAGGACACGAUCCGACUGCACAAGUAAUCGAACGCCUAGUGGAUAAUGCCCUAUUCGGAUGCCCAAUCAUUUGCCAAACAUGUUCAAAUGGAAAAAUUGUCUAUAAUUCAUCAUGCCGCACAUAUGUCUGCACUGGAUAUGCUACAGAAUACUCGAAAUGUACUUAUGAAUCAAAGAAUCCAAUUCGAACUCCAUUCGAAGUUUCUCACCGAUUAACUGAAAAGCAUAAGCUUCAAGAUAUUGUAUUCAAUCAAAUGAGUGAACGACUUUAUAUAGGAGAAGAGGAUGGAGAAUCUGUAGUGAAAAUUGAUAAAAGAAAGUCGAAAGGUGGUACUCGUGGUGAACAAUUCAUUUAUGCGGCUGAAGCAUUCGAUUCGACUAACAAUGUUCCGAUAAAAGUCGGCGAUCUCACAUCAACCAAUACUCAUAUUAUUAAAAAAGGAACAGUUGUUGAUGCGAAAUUCGCACUGGCCGAUCGUUGUCAUGUAUUCAAAAAUGAGAUUGAUGGAAGUCUCUAUCAGGCGACACUCUCGUUUACUGAUCUUACACAGAAUAAGAAUUCGUAUUAUAAGAUUCAACUGUUGAAGGAUGAUCAGAGAGAAAACUACUACGUCUUCCGUUCUUGGGGUCGAGUUGGCACAGAAGUCGGCGGAAAUAAGCAUGAAUCAUACAGUAAUUCAAAUGAAGCGAUUCUCAAAUUCCAGGAUGUUUUCCACGAAAAAACGAAGAACGAUUGGAUUUAUAGAAAACAUUUCCGCAAAAUGCCCGGAAUGUUCAGCUACGUGGAGACGGAUUACUCGGAAUUUGCACAAAUAACGGACACAGAAAUCACUCCAGGAUCAAAAACUCUACUUCCAAAAUCUGUAAAAGAAGUUGUAAUGUCAAUUUUCGACGUUGAAAACAUGAAAUCUGCAUUAAAAUCGUUUGAAAUGGAUGUGAAUAAAAUGCCGCUUGGAAGAUUAUCACAUAAUCAAAUCAAUUUGGCUUUUGAAGUUCUCAAUGAUAUUAGUGAUUUGCUUGUCAAGCUGCCCAUUGAUGCUUCGAGAAUUUUGGAUUUUAGUAACAAGUUCUACACGAUUAUUCCGCAUAAUUUUGGAAUGCGGGUGCCCGAGCCGAUUGAUAGUUUUCAUAAAAUUAAGGAGAAAAACAACAUGCUCAACGCCCUUCUCGACAUCAAAUUCGCGUAUGAUCAAAUCAGCGGUGGAGAUGUUCCAGCAUCAACGUCAUUGGGUAUUGAUCCAGUUGAUAUUAAUUAUCAAAAAUUGAAAUGUAUUAUGGAACCACUACAACAAGGCUGUGAUGAUUGGAAUAUGAUUCAUCAAUAUUUGAAGAAUACUCACGGAGCCACUCAUGAUUUGAAAGUCGAGCUGAUUGAUAUUCUAAAACUGAACCGAGACAAUGAAUCGUCGAAAUUCAAACGACACAUCGGAAAUCGACGUCUUUUGUGGCACGGAUCAGGAAAAAUGAAUUUCGCCGGAAUUUUGGGUCAAGGACUUCGAAUUGCGCCACCGGAGGCUCCAGUUUCUGGAUAUAUGUUCGGAAAGGGCGUCUAUUUUGCUGAUAUGUUCAGCAAAAGUUUCUUCUAUUGCAGGGCCAACGCCAAAGAAGAAGCAUAUCUUCUGCUCUGUGACGUGGCACUCGGCAACGUGCAACAGUUGAUGGCUUCGAAGAAUGUUUCGAGACAAACUCUGCCAGCAGGCUUCCAGUCUGUGCAGGGACUAGGCCGCCAAUGUCCACGAGAAAUUGGAAGUUACAAUCAUCCGGAUGGUUAUACCAUUCCACUGGGCCUCACUUACAUGCAACUUCAAGGAAAACAGGAUGUCGAUUAUCACUUGCUUUAUAAUGAAUUCAUUGUGUAUGAUGUCGAUCAAAUUCAGCUCAAGUAUCUCGUCCGUGUCAAAAUGCACCAUGCUCGUCAUCUUUAACAAUUUAAUCUUAUUGCCUGUCUCGCCCCCCACCCCCAAUACCUCGUGCCUUUAGCUGAUAUUCUAUUUGAUCCCCCACUCUCUCUAAAAAAAAGAACAUCGAGUGCCAUAUGAAAUUUUAUUUUUG